AACAGAAGUGUUUAAAAGUUCUCUUUAGUAAAAUACUUUUAUUGACUAAUGUUAAAAACACUUGGUCAAGUGUAUUACAAAACGUCAAGAUUGCCAAGCGGAAAAGGAAGCCGGACAGCAGUGCCUCGUCCCAAUCUAGCAGCUCAAAAUUAGCGUCCGCUAGCGCUUCCACCACUGGAGGUCGCAAUACAACCACCACAUCGGUUAGUUCAGCUGAAAGCAGUUCCAAAAUGUCCCGUCGUUCCUCGAUGCAACACAAUGGGGGAGGAAACCCACACGCACGUAGAUAUAUUGGACUUGAUCAAAUAUGGGAGGAUUUACAAAAAGGCAUCAGUCAGGUAUAUGCAAGACAAAGUAUGGAGAAGAAGAGAUAUAUGGAACUGUAUACCCAUGUUUACAACUACUGUACAUCUGUGGAUCAGAGUGUGUCAGCAAGACAAGCCCCCAACUCAUCCACCCCACCAGGGAGGGUCUCCACAACAAAGAAAGACAGCAAAGCAAUGACAGGAGCACAGUUUGUUGGCUUCGAGCUUUAUAAAAAGCUCAAGCAGAAUCUUCAAAUGUACCUAGCUGAUAAAUUGAAGGCUGGAGAAAACCUUUUAAAUGAAGAUGUUCUACUUUUCUACACAAAUCAAUGGGAAGAUUAUCGUUUCAGUAGCCGUGUUUUAAACGGGGUGUUCGGUUAUCUAAAUCGCCACUGGGUGAAACGGGAAUGUGAUGAAGGGAGAAAGGAAAUUUAUGAAAUAUAUUCGCUUGCCCUGGUUAUUUGGAGAGAGAAUUUGUUCAAACCUCUUAACAAGCAAGUCACCUCUGCUGUGCUUAACUUGAUUGAGAAGGAAAGAAAUGGAGAGACCAUAAACACAUCCCUUAUAAGUGGAGUGCUAAGGUCUUAUGUUGCAUUGGGCUUAAGCGAAAAUGAACAAAAUCGAACGCAGUCACUUUCUGUUUACAAAGAAGCGUUUGAGAGUAAUUUCCUCGCUGACACAGAGAGAUAUUUCACCUCGGAAAGCCAAGAAUUUCUUGCUGCAAAUCCUGUCACCGAAUACAUGAAAAAGGCUGAGGCGAGGCUCCAGGAAGAGGAGAGAAGGGUCCAACUCUACCUCCACGAAUCAACUCAUGAUCAGCUCGCGAGGAAAUGCGAGCAAGUCCUCAUCGAGCAACAUCUUGAGCAGUUUCAUGCCGAGUUUCAAAGUUUGUUAAACGACGAUAAAAAUGAAGAUCUUGGCCGAAUGUUCAAACUGGUUUCUAAGAUUAAAGACGGUCUUGGGGAAUUAAAAACCUUACUUGAAGCUCAUAUUCAUAAUCAGGCUGACGUUGCAAUCAAACAAUGUGCAGAUACAGCUGUUAAUGACCCGAAGCUUUAUGUGCAAACAAUACUUGACGUGCACAAAAAAUACAACGCGCUUGUGCAGACGUCGUUCGACAACGACUCUGGCUUCGUGGCCGCUCUUGACAUAGCAUGCGGUCGAUUUAUUAACAAGAAUGCUGUCACUACAUCAGCCAAGUCUUCAUCUAAGUCUCCAGAGUUAUUAGCACGAUAUUGCGACACACUUCUAAAAAGUGCAAAGGUUUCAGAAGACGCUGAAUUGGAGGCAACGUUAAAGGAAGUGUUGACAGUGUUCCGAUAUAUCGAAGACAAAGAUGUGUUUCAGACUUUUUAUUCAAAGAUGUUAGCCCGACGUCUCGUGCAACAUACUUCUGCAAGUGAUGACGCAGAAGCUCAGAUGAUAUCGAGAUUAAAACAAACGUGUGGUUUUGAAUACACGUCCAAGUUGCAACGAAUGUUUCAAGACGUUGAUGUAAGCAAGAAUUUAAACGAGCGUUUCCGAACUCACAUAGCUGCCUCUACACCACUGGAUUUGGAUUUCUCAAUACAAGUUUUGAGUUCGGGUUCUUGGCCAUUUCAGCAGUCUGUUACUUUCAGGCUCCCUGUUGAGUUGGAAAGGAGUUACCAGCGUUUCACCACAUUUUACUCGCAAGCUCAUAACGGACGUAAACUUUCAUGGCUCUACCAGAUGUCUAAGGGAGAAAUCGUAACCAACUGUUUCAAAAACAGAUACACAUUCCAGGCAUCCACGUUUCAAAUGGCGAUUCUGUUACAAUACAACUCAGCCACAUCAUACACUGUGCAGCAACUCGCGGAAAAUACUCAACUGAAAAUGGAAAUCUUGUUGCAAGUUUUAAUCCACCUGCUUAAGUGUAAGAUCCUGCAGUGCAAAGAUGAGCCCGAUGCUAACAACCUCAAACCACAUAAUGAAAUAGAGCUUUUUCUUGGUUACAGAAGUAAAAAACUACGUGUAAACAUAAACAAACCUGUAAAAACUGAACAAAAACAAGAACAAGAGGUAACCCAUAAGCAUAUUGAAGAAGACAGAAAAAUGUUAAUUCAGGCGGCGAUUGUUCGAAUCAUGAAGAUGAGGAAACAACAGAAACAUCAACAGUUGCUCUCGGAAGUCCUCUCACAACUAUCCUCCCGUUUCAAGCCAAGAGUGCCGAUAAUUAAGAAGUGUAUUGACACUCUAAUAGAGAAGGAAUACUUAGAACGAGUGGAAGGGGAAAAAGACAUGUACCAGUACCUAGCCUGAGUCUCCAGGCCACAUUUUUUGCAGAGCUAUUUAUUUGUUAAGGUUCCUGGGAUCUGUAAGCUAGUUAGUUCUAUUAGUCUAAAAAGUGACGCACCAAAGGUCUUGGAAAAGUCUUUUUUUUUUGCUGCAUGUUUUUAAUUCAAAAUUUAUUACAGCUUCAUGACAAGCCUAACGCAAAAUGUUUAGAACUUGAAUUACUUAAUUUAAAUGACGCCAGGGUAAUUUUGAUAAGAAAAUGGCUACAGUUGUGUCCUGCGAAUGCAGUUUUUGUUCUGGGAACCUGUGGUAGGUGGGUGCUGGGUAACCACAAACACAUAAUUCUGCACUAAAUAAAAAUUGCAUUAACUUAUUUCAGUUUUGUGAAAAAGUUUUGGGGGUAUCAAAAUUUGAAAAGCUGCAUUGCCUGCCAGUUUUGGUACAAAUAUAUUAUCUGUUUUCAUGCUAAGGCCGCGAUCUAGAGAGUGUAGCGCUUUCUGGAGACACAUGUUGCGUACAAGUUAUAUCAUUGCAUUUUUGUCUUUGAACGUGUUAUUAUGUAGCCUGCAAAAUAUAAACAAAGACAUAUCCGUACCUAUUCAAUGUAGGUAAGUUCCUGAACGUUGAUUCGUUCGCUCUUACAUUGCGUUCUAUUCACUUCUGCUACAUUCUUCUUUUUGAUUUCACUUACUCCCUGUUGUUUUUACGUAAAGGUAAUUACCCACACGCCGCCCUUUAUACGUUGCUUAAAUACAGUUUCGUUUACUGCG